CGCAUUCCCCCUUUUACGUUUCCGUUGCCCGACUCACCCCCUCGCAUCCUUCGCCUCUCACCCCGUCGUCUGGGAUAAAGAGAACCCAAGCGUUUGGCUUAUUACCGAGAAACUGCCCCCCAGCUUCAACUCUUAAUAACCAUGGCCUCCGCAAGCAGCUCCGCUCAGGCAGCCUUCGGGCUGGGCAGGAAAAAGAAGACCCCCACCCUCAUGGAUCAGAUCGGGACCUUCUUUGGAGGGGACAAGAAGAGGAAGAGCAAGGGGUCCUUCCGUGGAGCUCUGUCCCCCGCCCCCCAGAAAUCCACCGCCGCCUCUCCCCGUAAGCGCGGCACCGAGAACGCCGUGGUGACGUUCUUCAGAACUAUUGGGAGCCAGAAGUCACAGCCCAAAGCAAAGAAGGCGGCAGCCGGGGACGGUAAAGGCAGCCUGACCAAGAUCUUCAAAAUGGGAAGCAGAAGUGCUUCACCAGCCAAGCGCUGAAGAAGUCCCUGAUGGAAGCUUACCCUCUUCCAACGGCAACGCGGGCCCAACCCCUGUCAUCAACAACAAAAACAACAGCAAGGGACGAACGAGAGAGGGAAAAGAAAAUGAAGAAACUAAAAUAUCUCCGUGCCUCUCACUCUCCAAAACCUCAACUGUUUCCUGCAUCUUAACACGCUAACACUUGCCUUAACUGUCCUACGACCUCACCCUUACCACCUUGAUCUCCCCUCCUCCCCCACCUCCCUCUCCAAAUGCGGCUGCUAGAUAUUACAAUCUGUGCCUGCUCCCCAUCCACCCCCCCCCCCCCCAAUCCCAGAGUCCCAUGUAGUGUUCGUCGGCGUUGUAUGGUGUGUUUGCUGCAGUGGUUCCUGCAUUCUCUCACAAGCGCAGCGCUGAUUGGACGCCUGCUGGGCCUCUCGUUACAUGUGCUUCAAAAGUGUCUGUGUCUUUAGUCGUUUUGCUCACAUAAAAGGUGGCUGAAGCGGACGUCACCCGAACAGGAAGUAGAGGGCCGGUCGCAGGUCUUUCUGACCUAACCGCGGACAACCCUUGUGAGUGUGUGAAGAACGGGUGUUGCUACGCAUCAUUUAUUUUUUAAGGUGUUUUUCUGUCUCGUCUUCUCCGUUGUCGUGUCUUCUCCAAGAACCCUGUUUACGCGUCGCUAUGAUUUAUGUUCUAAACCGAUCUAACAUGGUUUUAACGUUACACGUUUUAAUGGAACAUGUUCAUCGUUUUUGUAUUCCUCCUCUCAUCUUUAGACCCUCAUGGGGUCAAACAUGUGUUCUGUCUUCAAUGUGAUGUCUGAUCUACGUUUGUUAAUAAAACAAUGUGACCUGCUGUAAAGCUUUGAGGUGAACACUGAAUAAACAUAGGGCGAUAUAAAAUCUAUGUUUGCAAUAAAUGCAUUGAAUUCCAAUAAAAUGGAUAAUUCUGCAAUGUCUAACAUUGUCCCCAGCUGUGUUUCUUUUUCUCCAAUUCAUAAAAUAAUAGUGUGUAAUGAAGUCAUCUAUAAUGUCAUAAACAUUAUGUUGUGAACCGUUGUUGCUGUCUGAAACAUUUACUCUGCGCUCAGUCUGAGACAGAAGACAGCACCUGAACAAAUGAUGGUCGAAAAUGGAUUUCCCUUGACAACUGCAGACACAUAGCACAACUAAUUCAACCCAAAUGCAAUUCAUCUAUUUGUAUCCAUUAUGCUUUCUGCUACCAACAUAUAAAUUAGGUGCUGUGUUUUUCUACUGUGUGGAUUAUAAAAUUAUUUAAAAAAACAACACAUAUUUCAAUAAGGUGCUCUUUACUGAAUGUUGAAAGGCUGCCCUAACUCGUAAAUGGUGAAUAGUUCCAGAUAAUGUGGUUUCUAUAAUUUAUCAUGUAGAAAAAAUACAAAAAAACUUAUCCGUCAUGAAUUUCUCAACUCCUUGCCUGUGCUUGGGUCUGAAGGCUGUAUAAUCAAGUGUGUACACAAGGUUUGAGUUCCCUUGGACUAUGGGCCCUGUGAAUGAAUGUAUAUUAAAACUCAAGGCCCCCUAUGUAAUCAACUGAAUGCUCUACCUGUAAUAAACAUGACCAGUCCCUUAACUUGAAACAAAUAUGUAAAAUAAUUUAAUUAAAAACCAUGAAACCAAAUACGAGUGUCGGGUGUUUUU